AUGACUCACGCUGUCCACUUCUUUUCACUUGUCGCCACUUGUCUUUGGGGUGCAGCCGGCCAUUUGUCCUGGAUUUGGACAGCGCAGCGUGGGACCAGCUUUUGGGACUAUGCAGCAGCCGUGAAUGUGGACAAAUCUGGCAACAUAGUCGUGACUGGCGAUGCCACGGGAUCUUUGGACAACAACACCUUCGCAGGCUCCAGAGACGUGUUUCUUAUGAAGUUCAAUACAUCAGGCCAUUGGCACUGGACACGGCAGCAUGGCAGCAGUGCCUCCGACAAUGCACGAGCCCUGAAGUCCGAUGACGAGGGCAACAUCUUUCUGGCCGGAUAUACAUUUGGAUCCCUGGACCAGAAUGCCAACGUGGGCAGCUCUGACGUGUUCCUCUCCAAGUUUGACAAUUCUGGCAAAUUGCUUUGGACAAAGGAUACACCGGGGGAGCGUUGGAUGGCAACACUCAUACUGGAGAGUCCGAUUUCUUCCUCAUGA